AUGGAAGAUGUACUAACCGAGAAUCCACCACCUUCAAGAUUCUUCCAAGAAGAUCUCAACAACUUCGUCUCACCUCCUGAACCCCUUCCUUCUCCUUUCAUCGUCUUCUCAAACCCAAAACCAGAACUCCCCCUCAAACCAUCACUCCUCAUCAUAGCCGUAUCUUCCCCUUCCCUAUACAUUUUCCACAGCUUACCUUCAAAGACUCUCAUCGGAACUCUCAUCUUGCCUGAAGUCCCCUUCUCUGGAAACACCGUUGAGCCUUCUUUACAAGACAAAUCCUGCAACAUCUACUCCUUAAGUGGUGAUAACAACACCAACUCUGUCCUUUUGGUUUCUGUUCAGCUUCCUGUGUCUCCUGAACGGGCCAACCUAGUCUCGAGACUGCUCAUUGGCCAAGACAUUGUCCCGGAGAGGGUUAUCAUCUUGGAUUCUAUUCAGAGCCGUAACUUCAGAGGGAGGCUCUCACCAGAUGAGGCAUUGGCUGCUAAACUUGAGACAUCGUGUGAGAAGAAAGCAGCAGCAACGUCUCGGUUGAAUCUGGAUUCCUUCCCAUCAGGGAGUGUUAUUGAUGGUCUGAGUGCUUCGCUUUUGAGCAGAUGUCAGGUGAAGAAUAUCAGAGGGACGUUGGUGGUGUCUUGGCCUGAGUUUGAUCCUUCUGUGGUGAGAUUUGUUGGUGGUUUGUUGAAGAGCAUUGUCCCUGGUAUGGAUAUUACAAGUGUGGGCAAAGAUCUGGAGAUGUACUCUUCAAGAAGUGGUCUUAAAAAGGAUGCUUGGCUUGACUCUGAUCUAUACACUUGAUUCAAAGAUGGCCAUGGCUCAGCUUCUCAGAAAAUUUGUUUCUGUUUCUUAUGUAAUGGCUUAGCGUUUCUUGGACAAAACAGAGACCUUAGGUGUGUGUGUUGUUCUCAUUGCAAACAGUUUUGUUUCUUCUCUUUGGGAAAAAAUGAUCAUGCGGAGAUUAUUUUAAAAUUUUUAGAAACAUACAUUGUUUAGUUACAGGCUAAAUCGUAGUUUCGAAGAUUUAUCACAUUAUCUAUAUUCUAUAUCAGUUUAGUAGUUCAUGAGCUAU